AUGAGAGCUACUAAAUCUAAACUUGAUUCUAAAACUGGUGAAAAUUCUUUAACUAAGUCUACAAUAGUUUUGAAAUUUAGCAUGAUUAUUGAAGAUGUUGAUUUAAAGAAUAUAACUAUCAAAGAUAUCGAUUCAAAAGAAGUGUUUAAGCCAAAAAUCAUAAGUUUAGAAAAAAGAAUAG